GAUGGCGGCCGUGUGCGGUCGGGGCUUGCUGGCUCCGCUGAGUGGGCGGUUGUGGGCCGGCCCGCGGGUUCCGCUCCGCUCUGUGGCCGCCGCCGCCCCGCUCUACGAUGUGGUGGUGUCGGGCGGGGGUAUGGUCGGGAGCGCCAUGGCCGCCGUGCUGGGGCAUGAUAUCCACUUCCAUGAUAAGAAGAUUGCUUUGUUGGAGGCUGGUCCUAGGAAAGAAUAUGAUCGCAUGCCAGACAGUUACAGCAACAGGGUCAGUUCCAUCUCCCCAGGAUCAGCAACCCUCCUAAGCAGUUUUGGUGCCUGGGAUCAUGUCUGCAGCCUGAGACUCAAACCAUUCCGGCGAAUGCAGGUGUGGGAUGCUUGUUCUGAAGCCAUGAUCGUUUUUGAGAAAGAUGACUUAGAUGACAUGGGUUACAUAGUGGAGAAUGAUGUCAUUAUGUCUGCUCUCACAAAACAGUUAGAUGCAGUAGCAGACCGGGUGGAGGUUUUCUACAGGAGCAGAGCAGUCGGGUAUACCUGGCCCCUUUCCUCUUACAGCUGUGACACAAGCCCUUGGGUCCAAAUUGAGUUAGCUGAUGGACGCAGACUUCAGACCAAACUGCUGAUUGGUGCAGAUGGUCAUAACUCUGUAGUCCGAAAGGAAGCUGAAAUUAAGAACAUUGAGCAUCAGUAUGACCAGUCAGCCGUGGUGGCAACUCUUCAUUUGUCUGAGGCCACAGACAAUAAUGUAGCCUGGCAGAGGUUCCUUCCCACAGGGCCAAUUGCGCUUCUUCCGCUGUCUGACACUGUGAGCUCUCUGGUCUGGUCUACAUCUCAUGAACAUGCAUCGGAACUUCUCACUAUGGAUGAGGAAAGUUUUGUGGAUAGCAUCAACUCUGCUUUUUGGAGCAACAUAAACCACUCUGACUUCAUUGAUACUGCUGGGGCCAUGUUUCGAUCUGCUGUUUCACUCCUGAAACCCUCAGGCACUGCAGUCCGUCAGCUGCCCCCGAGCAUUGCUAAAGUAGAUCCAGACAGCCGAGCCAUGUUCCCUCUUGGAAUGGGGCAUGCAACAGAGUAUGUCCGGCACCGCGUGGCUCUUAUUGGGGAUGCAGCACACAGAGUCCACCCACUUGCAGGACAAGGUGUAAACCUGGGCUUUGGUGAUAUUGCUUGUUUAGCUCAUCACCUCAGUGCAGCAGCCUUCAAUGGGAGCGAUCUGGGCUCCUUAAAACAUCUCUUAAAGUUUGAGACAGAACGUCAGAGGCACAAUGUCUCCUUGAUAGCUGCUAUUGAUGUGCUAAAGAAGCUUUACUCCACAAGGCUGGCUCCCUUGGUGUUGCUGAGGACAUGGGGAUUGCAAGCAACAAAUGCCCUGCCUCCUGUCAAAGAGCAAAUCAUGGCUUUUGCCAGCAAGUGAUCUGUUGUCAGUUCAGAACAGCAGCUUGCCAGUGAACAAUGCCCUUGUAAGGACUGUGACUGAUUUGAAUCUUUGAAUUCUGUUAUUUUAAUUUAACAAUAAAACUGAGGGAUUGAGCUGUGUAUUACAUCA